CCUUUACCCUCUCUCCUGUCUCGCUCCCUCUUCCACUGGAAAGGCUAAGCUCUCCUUAGCCAGGCUGCCCUUAUUUAAUUUGGAGUGUGAUUUUCCUAUUUUUAGCGUCUGGAUUCUCUCCAGUAAGACUUAGAGGAGUUUUCCCCCCUACCUUCCUUUUUUAAAAAAUUCUGCAAAUGAUUCUGAACCAGCUUCCUUCCUUUUAGAACAUUUUUUUAUUUCGAUAAAUAAGAGGGGGCCUGUCUGCUCUCGCGCUCUCUCCACCCCCCCGUACGAGUCUUUCUGCCUUCUGCUUCAGAUCUGCAUUUGCAACCAUCAGCAGCCAGGAGGGGGGUUUGUUUUAAUUUCAUCACAACACACAAGGAAAAACACACACAGAUUCGCGAAUAAGAGCAAUUAAGGAAGAUGAGUGAAUCCAGUGCAAAAUCAAGCCAACCCCUGGCUGCCAAACAGGACAAGGAUGUCUCUGAGAAGAGAGGACGAGGGCGGCCCAGAAAGCAGCCUAAGCAAGAACCUAGUGAGGCACCAACACCCAAGAGACCACGUGGCAGACCAAAGGGGAGCAAAAACAAGAGCACUUCAAAGGGAAGGAAAGCUGCUGUGACACCUGGGAGGAAACCACGAGGCCGACCCAAAAAAUCAGAGAAGGAUGAAGAAGAGGUGAACAUCUCCCAGGAGUCAUCAGAAGAGGAGCAGUGAAAAUAGUCAACUGAUUCUACCUCGCAAUUGUUUUCCUGUUUCUUGUCAAGUUCUGGGACUGAGGAAGGAACAAGGAAUCCUCACCCCUUUCCUGACCCACCUCCCCAAUGUUCUCAUAGUGAAAACGGCAACGCUGGAGUACAGUGUAAAACAAAUCGGCCAUCACAUUUGAUGUGUAAUGUUCAGUGGGAGAACCAUAUAUCUUGUUUUCCCCUUCUCAUUUGACCGGGUUAAAUUUUUAGCCUACCAGUUCAUGUAGUUCUAUAUUAUUUUGGUUGUGUUUUUUUUUCUGGGGGGGAGCUGUCUCUUCAAUACACUCCUUGUAGACAAAGGAGUAUAUACAUCUUUAUAGUAACCACUUAUUCAUGUUGAACAGAGUGGACAGCCUAGUUUUUCCUUACCAACCCUGAUCUCCCCUUUAGAGAGCCCACACCAUCCUCCAAAAGGAUAAUACUUGGCACUGGCAGAAAGCUAUGUCAUAGAAGAGAGCUGGGAGGAUUUUGUGCUUUUUUCUGGAAUAUGAGUAUAGUGGAAAGAGCCAAAGCAUUGAAAAAGAGGAAGACAAUAGAUUUUUGCUUUUGAAAACUAUUUUCCUGGAUAUUGGUUUCGAGGAUGUCAUCUUUCCUGUACGUUGCUCCAUUUCUUAUGGUUCAAUGAAUAAUCUAGCUCUUUGCAGUAGGCCCAUGCAUUCUUGUUGGCAGCAAUGCAGUCCAGCCCCAACCAGCUGCCUUGGAGCUAAAGCGUUUCGAUUUGCUAUAGGCAAGAUAGCUGGGUUGUUUUGUUCAGCUCUCAUCUGCCAGUGGGAGAACUUCCAGCGACCACAAAAGUUCCCUCCCAUCCGCUCCCAUUGAAACUCUAGCUCCUAAGUUAGGGGUCUUGCAGGCGGGAGCCUACAACUGAAAGCGCUUUCCCUUGGUGCUCAGUCAUUCUGCACACAAAGGACUACUGGAUCUUCCUUGAAACCGGACAAGUCUUUGCAAAGAUCAAGGAAAGCAGGAUGGCAAAUUACUCCCUUCCCCAGUCUCUCUCUAGGUUGUUUUUUCAUUGGAAAUAGCACAGUUAAGUGUGUUAGUUACAAUUGUCUUUCCACAACAUAUUGUCUUUGCAAGGUUUUUCUUUUUCCUUCAUUCACAACUACCUCUGGAUAAGUUUAAGUUUCAUUCUCUUACAACAUGGAGUUGCUGCUGUUUUGUUGCUGCUGCUUCUGAUGCUGCUGUACUGGUUACAAAGUUUUAUUAUUCCAACAGGUUCUGUCUAGUUUCUUUCACUGGAACUAACAUUUUACGCUAUAGAUGAUUUAAUCUGAGUUGACUUUUUAAAACUAUUGUGCUAUUAAAAAGGGAUAAAAUA